AUGGAUUUCAGUUCACUGGGACGAUAUUCUGAGCAAGUUCACUCAUUUUGCAGGAAGUACAGGAGAGAUAAUGAGCGUCGGUGGAAGAAAUGGUCCCAUAUACCACCUGAGGAAAUUUUGCCUCUGGAGACCAGUGAGACAAGUUAUGUUAGUUUGAAGAUCGAUGAAGAUAAGAGGCGUGACACCACGCAGAGACUUCGCCAAGGCAAAUAUGACAAGAAGGUGGUGAUCCUAAAGGAUCUCAAAAACAACGAUGGCAAUUUCUCAGAGAAGCAAAAAAUAGAACUGAACAAGCUCCUACAGAUUGAUUAUUACAACCUGACCAAGUUCUAUGGCACUGUGAAGAUAGACACCAUGAUCUUUGGGGUGAUUGAGUACUGCGAAAGAGGUUCUCUGCGGGAUGUUUUAAAUGAUAAAAUAUCCUACCCUGAUGGCACGUUCAUGGAUUGGGAAUUCAAAAUCUCUGUCAUGUACGAUAUUGCCAAGGGGAUGUCUUACCUGCACUCAAGCAAAACUGAAGUCCACGGUCGACUCAAAUCCACAAACUGUGUAGUAGACAAUCGCAUGGUAGUGAAGAUCACUGAUUUUGGCUGUAAUUCAAUUCUGCCUCCAAGGAAAGACCUGUGGACAGCUCCUGAGCAUCUCCGUGAUGCUGAUGUAUCUCAGAAAGGUGAUGUGUACAGCUAUGGGAUUAUUGCCCAAGAAAUCAUCCUACGCAGAGAGACCUUCUACACUGGACAGUGCCGGGACAACAAAGAGAAACUUUAUAGAGUGGAGAGUGGCAAAGGAGUGAAGCCUUUCCGACCAGACCUGUCCUUGGAAUCAGUGGGGGAAAGACAGAUGGAAGUGUAUACAUUAGUGAAGAGCUGCUGGGAGGAAGAUCCAGAGAAGAGGCCUGAUUUUAAGAAAAUUGAGAAUACUCUGGCUAAAAUAUUCAGUAACUACCAUGGCCAAACCAAUGAAAGCUACAUGGAUACCCUGAUCCGGCGUCUACAGCUGUAUUCCCGGAACCUGGAGCACCUGGUGGAGGAAAGGACAGAGCUAUACAAAGCAGAGCGAGACAGAGCAGACAGGCUUAAUUUCAUGUUACUUCCAAGGCCAGUAGUAAAGUCUUUGAAGGAGACUGGCCUGGUAGAGCCAGAGCUAUUUGAAGAAGUCACUAUCUACUUCAGUGACAUUGUUGGCUUCACCACACUCUGCAAAUACAGCACCCCUAUGGAGGUGGUAGAUAUGCUGAAUGACAUCUACAAGAACUUUGACCACAUUCUUGACCAUCAUGAUGUUUACAAGGUAGAGACCAUUGGUGAUGCUUACAUGGUGGUGAGUGGUUUACCAAAGAGGAAUGGCAACCGGCAUGCAGUAGACAUCUCCAUGAUGGCUCUGGACAUCCUCAGCUUCAUGGGAUCUUUUGAACUGAGACAUCUGCCGGGUCUGCCUGUUUGGAUUCGCAUUGGAAUUCACUCUGGUCCGUGUGCGGCUGGUGUGGUUGGAAUAAAAAUGCCCCGUUACUGUUUGUUUGGAGAUACAGUGAACACAGCUUCACGGAUGGAAUCCACAGGCUUGCCUUUAAGGAUUCAUGUAAGUGGUUCCACUAUUAACAUCCUGAAAAGAACAGACUGCCAAUUCCAGUAUGAAGUGAGAGGAGAAACAUACUUGAAGGGCAGAGGAACAGAGAUUACCUACUGGUUGACGGGUACUGAGGACAAGAAAUACAAUCUCCCAACACCUCCUUCUGUGGAGAAUCAGCAGCGGUUACAAGAUGACUUAGCAGAGAUGAUAACAAAUAUUCUUCAGAAAAGGGAAAACGAAGGGUUCAAGACAAGGGAGCUUUCACGGGUGCCCAGCUACCGAUCAGGUACCCUGGAAUACCUGCAACUGGCCAGCACAGAGAAUUUUGCCACGUAUCUUUAAAACUUGAUGUCUGGUAUGACUCAAAAAGCUGCAGCAACUCUCUGGAGUACUUCAUGUGAACACUGGAGGCUUACACUCUCAUCUAGAGGAGAAAGAAAAUACCUUUACAAGUAUCCUUUCUACCAUCCGACCUGCUGACAGUAAAUCAAAUCUCUCUUCACUGUAACAUCGAAAUUGUUGGCUGACUUCAGCAGGACACAUGCAGCCUGAUUUGAGGUAAAUGAAACUCUCUG